GAGCGUGAAGAGUAGUAUAUGUACCUGGUGAACGGGCCGGAGUGAGAGGUGUCUUCACCUUGCAAGAGUUGUAAAGGUACAUUAGUGGCGACAAUGGGUCUCUUCCGAGGGCUAUGCGUCGCUUUGACGGCAACAUUGCUGGUCGUACGGCGAGCAGCCGGGCAGACAAUCACGCCGCAGAACUGGACGGCCGCCGAUGCGAAUCAGGAGAACACCAAUGUGGUCACGGUGGCGAUCUCGUUUGGCCCGCGUAUAAUUAACCUUCUCAACGCCAUUCCUAUCGCUUCCGGUGCCAUGCAGAACAUACAAUGGUCUGCGAUUCAAGGAACGGCAGUCGAGGUGUCGAAUAACAACCAGCUUUCGAUAUCAAGACCCGAUGUCGCCGUACUGGCUUGCGACCCUUCGGCGUACCCGGGUAACAUCGGUCCCCUCGAUGUCUUUGCCAAUGUGGUGCAAGCCAACCCCAGAGCCAUUGUGUGGUAUUCGGGAUCGUCGGAUUGGUGCAAUCUGCAGGGCUACACUGGGUCUUAUCAAUCAAUCUUCAGCACGAGGACUAUCAACGAUGGCUCGAACCUGACUGGACAUCUGUAUACAGGGUCGGGUCAGUUGUUGACCAUUGGUGCGUCAGCGUCGACGGACCAAAUCGUAAAUGGCACAUCGUCAAACUCGACUGGAUAUGGACCACCGCACAAUCAGCAGAACAACAACCCGUUGGGUCCAAGCCCGACUACGGCCGUUGCGAUGAUCAUCCUUUACUCGAUCACUGGUAUCAUCACGGCGCUCUUUUUGAUAAUUAUCAUUACUGGUGCUAUCAGGGCACAUCGCCACCCUGAGAGAUAUGGACCGCGCAAUGUAAUUGGUCGGCCACGACAGAGCAGAGCGCGCGGUCUCGCCAGAGCCAUGCUCGACACGAUACCCAUUGUGAAGUUUGGUGAGAGGGAGCAAUCGAAGUCUACGGAUGUGGAGCUUGCGGAGCACAACAACGCUGAUGUUGUGCGAGAAACACGCUCCGGUGAAGCCGAAGCUAUCAACCAACAUCCGAAACCUACCACUGUCGGCGCAGAUCCCGCUACUGGACAAGCUUCUGGGAAGCAGGAUCAGACUCCGCCGGAGUUGACACAGGGUGGAAUAGCAGCAGCUACAGUGAACGAGCCGCCCGCAGCAGAUGCGCAAGGCUGCAGUAUCUGCACCGAAGACUUUGAGCUUGGUCAAGACCAGCGCGUGCUACCCUGCGAUCAUCGUUUCCACCCAGCCUGCAUCGAUCCUUGGCUUCUCAACGUUUCUGGAACUUGCCCGCUCUGCCGUAUCGAUCUAAGACCGCAGAAGCCAGCGGAGGGCGAGCUGGACGAGCAAGGCAACCCAUUGCACCGCCAGCAGAGCGCAGACGGAGGCGAGGUUCUUCCUCCGCCCCUUAUACCCGAAAAUGAAUCAAGGCGAGUAGGCGUCAUGCGGAGCCUGGGUGUACUAGGUCUGUUGUCUAGGCCUGACAGCAUGUCACGAGAAGAUCGCAUCAUUGCGCUGCGGGAGCUGAGGAGACGCCAAGCGAUCGCAGCCGCCAGGCAGCAGAUAGGACGAGAGGCUGCCAUAGCCGGAAAUUCAACCGAGCCGUCGCAAGCGCAAGAUGAAGAGGCGGGCCUAAGGGCGAGACUUAGGAAUGCUUUCCGAGUCCGCACUCGGCGCACGGGCCAAGAAGAAGCUCAGGCGCCAGCUGGUGCUGAGAACGAAUCUACAGACGCGCAGGCUGCGCGACAAGGCGCGUCCGGAGCAUAAUAACUUGGUUAUACUCUGCACAUAGGAUGGCACUGAGUGAUGGCGUUAAGCAUACGCCUGGGACGGCAAGGCAUGGACACAUACAGAGGCGUUGCAUUGCAGGGCGUUUUGACGGAAGCGUAUUCGCGAGACUUGCAAGACGUUUGUACCAGGUCGAUUGCCUUUUCGCUCUCAGUCGCAACCAAUUGCACCUGGUACGCCAAUCGCCUCACGAGACCGGGUUUCUUUCGUGUCC